CAAGUAGGAGAGGAACUAAACGAAGACAGUUGAUCUCAAUAAAAUAGAGAUAAAUAAUACAACCAUCAAUACAAAAAAGCAAGACAAACAUACGACAUUUACAACCGUUUAAAAAGAAUAAAAAAAAAAAAACGUCUCAGGUUGUUAACGAAUAACGAAAACGGGGAGCCACAAGCCGUGUGUGUAUUUUCACAGGAGGUUUACCUCGUUUCCAUUGCGGUUUGUAAUUAAAAUUCCACCAUAUUGUUUUAUCUGCAGUGUUUAUUUUUCAUGUUAAAAAUUAUAAAUAAAUACAAGCACAUAGUCCACAUCUCCAACAACAAUAAUUAAUUAAUAAAUUAUUAAAAAAAAAGAAACCAACGAGGAAACCUCAAAGUUAACAAAAGUGUACCUGAAUUGCAAAAAGAAAAAAAAAAAAAAUAAUAAAAUAAUUGUGAAAUAGCUAAAGAAAGAAAGGCAAUUGUGUAUUGAGCAAUUGUAACAGAGAUAAAAAAAAUAUAUAUAUUAAAAAAGAGAGUAUAUUGUUAGAAGGGGUCGUGUGUAAUAUAUUACUGUUAAAUAAGUGUGUGUGUGUGUGUGUGAUAAAAUAUACGUAGACAGCGCCUUGUGGUUUAAAAGCCUACGUGACGGUAUAAUUUUAAUAUUUAAAAAUGGCCUGUGCCACCCUGAAAAGAAGUCUUGAAUUUGAUCCAGUUCAUAGCCAUGGAAGACCAAGUAAAAGAAGAAGAUGUGUACCAAUGUGUGUAUCACCAGGUAGUAGCUCAACUCAGGGUACACCUAGACAACAAACUCCAUCAUUAUUUGGCGAAGUUGAACACAAAUUGACGCCUGAGAAAAUGGCAGCCAAUAUAAGAGAAGAAAUUCGUCGGCUGCAUAGACGCAAACAGCUGCAUUUUAAUCCACAGAGUGGCACUGCAAGUGGCAAUGAUUCGUCGGAUAUGGAAGGACCUUCAAGUCCAACAGCAUGUGGAUCAAAUGGAUAUAAUAAUACACAUAAUAACAAGGAAAAACCUCUAUUUACAUUUAGACAGGUUGGAUUAAUUUGCGAACGAAUGCUUAAAGAACAAGAAACUCAAAUUCGAGAAGAAUAUGAUCAAAUAUUAAACAUGAAACUGUCGGAGCAGUAUGAUGCUUUUGUUAAAUUUACAUAUGAUCAAAUUCAAAAAAGAUUUGAGUCAGCUGCUGCACCAAGCUAUUUAUCAUAAAUUUAUAAAAUCUGUCGAGAUGUCAGAUAUCAACAAAAAAGCAUGUUGAGAAUGGGUAUUCAUUAAAUUCAAACGAAUAACCUAGUUAAAAGAAGAAUAAAACGCGGAGAAUUGAUUUGUUUUAUUUUUUUAAAUUUAAAAUAAUCAUUGCUCCAAGUUUGAAAAGAAGUGUCAGUGCUUCAAGAACGUAAAAUAUAUUGAUUUAAAUUAAAUUAAACUCACAUGAUCGGUCAAAUAAAUUUAUUAUUAUUAAUUCAUAUUACAAUCAAUUAAAUUUACAUUAUUAAAUAUUGGUAAAUAAUUAAGUGGAUAAAAAAAUUGAAAAAGCAAAAAAAAAAAAAUUAUAAAUAAUAACUAACAAUAAUUGUAACUGCCCGGUUUAAGCAGCGCGAAGGUAUCAGGGAAUAUGAAAAAAAAUUCGAGACGAAUAAAUGAUAAAUUAAUUAAAAAUCUCCGCGUGUAAAAAAUUAUAUUUUAACUUUGUGCAAAAAACAAAAAUAUAAAGAAAAAAAAAACUUGUGUCAAUUUGAUUUAGCUUUUUUUUUUUUUUUUGUCUUAUUUUUGCACAAAACAUGAAUUUUUGUAUAAAAUAUUUAAAAAAUAAGAAAAUAAUAAAUUCUAAUAUUUAAAAUAUAUUUAAAAAAACAACAAAAUGUCCUCAUUCUUGUAGAAAUAAUUCACGUAGAUUUUUUGCUAGAAAAAAGAAAAAAAUAAAAAAAAAAAUAGAUUAGAAAAAUUUUGUUUUUAAAAAGAAGAGAAAAAAAAAAAAUUUCGAGUGUUUAAAACUCCUAGACUGUGUUUUUUAUAUUAAAAAAAAAAAAAAAAAAAAAAUUAAUUUGUAAAUUUUAAAAUUGUCAUCGUUAAUUAUCAUGGUGAAAACUCAUCGAAACUUUUACAAGAAAAAAAAAACAAAAAAAGUUACAAAAAUUUGAUGUAUAAAAUUUUUUGAUACAUGAUUUUAUGAAUUAUUUGUUAUUGAGGCAAUUAUUAAUCAAUUCAAUCGCCUGUGAAAUUAAUUAACAUGAUUUUUAUUGAAAAAAAAAAGAAAGAAAGAAUAUUUUGUUUUUUAAAUAAUAAUAUUUCGUUCCCUGGUAACCAUGUGCUCGAUCAAGCGCAAUAAAUAAAAAUAAAACAAUCGCUGAAUAAUAUUUAAUUAUUAAAAUUAUACUUUAAUUAAUAUACAUUUAUUGUGCCUAUUGUAGACAUAUUUAUAUGAAAAAAAAAAACGGUAAUAUUAAUUAAACAACAUAAGUCGUGAAAAUAUUUUUUAUUAUAUUAUUAAUAGGUAUAUAAUAUUAUUUUUUUGUAGUUUGUAAUAUCCACCAAUUUGCAACGGUUUUUGUUUUUUUUUUUUUUUUUAUUAAUAGCGUAUUAAUUAGUACACAUAUACACAAUUAAUAUAAUAAUUAAAUUUUGUAGUUAAUUUUUUUGCGCGUACUAAUAGAUCUAAAUUGAAAUGAUAAAAAGAAAAUUAUGGUGCAUCACGAAAAUAAUGCCCAAGUAGUAAAAUUUAC